AUGCCCAGCGACAACAGCAGCACCAAGGCCGGCAGCGGCGAGGCCGAAGACGCCGAGGAGCCUCCGGAGUCCGUGUCUCUGGAGGAUGUUCCACACCCGUCGCUGGUUCUGGGCGCCGAAGAUUUGUUUGAGCUGGACCAGAUGGAUGAUGACUACGAAAUGUCGGCGGCGACCCAGAUGCGGCCCAAGCUCAGCGAGGCAGCAGCUCCAGCACCCGCCGAUGAGCAGCUUGGACCUCGAACGAAGGCGGCCAUGAAGCGAAAGAUGUCUUCGGGAGAUUUGUGCACGCCCCCGGUUUCGAAGAAGAAGAUUCCAGCGGCAGACUGCCCAAGCGAUCCGAUGCAGAAGGCUGUGAACCCCGGCCGAGGCAGAGGCAGAGGCAGAGGCAGAGGCAGAGGCAGAGGCCGAGGCCGAGCUGCGACAACAGAUGAGACGGAGAAGCAGGCCGCAGACGAGGCACAGAUGAAGGAGAAGCAGACCGCAGAUGAGGCGCAGAUGAAGGAGAAGCAGGCCACAGAUGAGGCGGAGAAGCAGGCCGCAGAUGAGGCACAGAUGAAGGAGGAAGGGGCUCGCCCCAAGGCGAAGCCGAAACCCAAGGGGAAGGCCAAAGCUCAGGCGAAGGAGAAUGCAGAGUGCAUGCAAAGGAGGCAGACACAAGCGGACUCGAACGUGAUCGUUAUCAGGUCUCUCGCCGAAGCUCACAAGGACCUUCAGCCAGCCGUGGGUUUCACAGGCAAGUAG